GGUGGUGGGUCUCUUAGGUAGGGUACCGUAAUGGCGGUCUACUCUCCCUUGUGCAGUAGAGCUAUUUUGCAUUCUCCCUCUUCCUCGAACCCCCAAGUUUUACCCUUAAAUUCCAGGAUUCGACAAAAGUUCUCGCCUUUAAAUUUGCCUCUUCAAAACCUUAAUCCUAAAUCUCUGCAAUUUUUGAAGUUGAAUCCUCGUUUCCUGAGAUUCAGGAUUAAUUAUGCAGCUAACCAAGACCUUUCUGUUCCUGAAAACCAGGCGGUUGGAAAAGAAGUGAGUGUUGCUGGAAAAUUCCAUGAGAAACCUGCUUAUAAACAAUGGGAUUCAUUGACUGCAACUUUUGCUGGAGCAGCAAAUGUCCCAUUUUUGCUGCUUCAACUCCCCCAAAUCAUCUUAAACGCUCAGAACCUCUUAGCUGGAAACAAGACUGCACUUUUUGCAGUUCCAUGGAUUGGUAUGUUAACUGGAUUAUUGGGAAAUCUCUCCUUGCUUUCUUAUUUCGCAAAAAAGAAGGAAACAGAAGCUGUUGUAGUUCAGACUUUGGGUGUUAUAUCGACUUAUAUCGUUCUCGCUCAGCUUGCUAUGGCAGAAGCAAUGCCUUUGCUUCAGUUUACUGUGACUUCAAUUGUUGUGGCUUCUGGUCUGAUACUUAAUUUCAUGAAUUUCUUUAAUCUUCUAAAUUCUAGGAUUUGGACACUAUGGGAGGAUUUCAUGACUGUUGGAGGCCUCUCAGUUCUUCCUCAGGUUAUGUGGGCGACAUUUAUCCCAUUCCUGCCAAAUACUGCUGUACCUGGGGCCAUGGCCUUCACUGUGGCACUUUUUGUUGUCUUCAUGGCACGCACUGGAAAACUUACAAAGAAAGCCACCAAGUUCGUCGGGUCUAUAUCUGGAUGGACUGCGACUCUACUGUUCAUGUGGAUGCCUAUAGCGCAGAUGUGGACAAAUUUCCUCAAUCCGGAUAACAUAAGAGGCUUAUCGGCUUUCACCAUGUUGCUUGCUAUGAUUGGCAAUGGUCUGAUGAUCCCUCGUGCCCUCUUCAUUCGUGAUUUCAUGUGGUUUACUGGUUCUUUUUGGGCAUCUUUGCUCCAUGGCUGGGGAAAUUUGAUAUGCAUGUACUGGUGUAACACCAUCAGCUGGACCUUCUUCUUGGCAGCAACAAUUGCCCUCGUUUCAUGGCUAGGAAUGGCUCUUUGGAGAGAUACCAAAGCCUAUGGAUACAAUUCUCCCUUCACAUCUCUGAAGAAGUUAGUUUCAGGUUCCUGAUUCAAACUCCUUAAUGGCUAGAACAUGGCUUCUUAUGCAUAAUGUAAAAUAGAAUUAAUUGAGUUUGCACAAGAUGGAUUACUGAUAUCCAAAAUAUGGAGGCGUAUCUUCAUUUUGGUGGAAGGUGUGCGGCUUCACUUUUCUGCGACGAACGCCGGCUGGGUAAUUCCUUGCGAAUGUCUUUGAAUAGUG